UUCUUCAGCUUACGUUUACGUUUUACGUUUAUGGUUAUAGCAAUUCAUGUGCGAAAGCCUUUAUUAUGGAAUCCAACCUACAGGCUCCAGCCUGUGUGGAAAAUGGUAUAUAGUGUAUGUACAUACAUUUUGUAUGUACAUACAUAUAUUUUGUUGUUUACGUCUAUCAUAACAAAUAAUAUAUAUAUUUGAUAAUUACAACAUGUUGAAUAUCGUGAGAUAUCAUACGAGGAUAUUCAGGCCGUAUAAUGUUACAAAAUAUGCUCUUAGUCAACGAUAUCUUUUUACGAAUGUUAAAAUCGACAAAUCUCGAUGUAACGAUAUUUCUUUGAAGAAAUAUUAUUCAUCUUUGUUACAAAAGAGACCGCUUAAACAAAUGGAUAUCGCAAUUCGCAGUUAUGUUUCGAAAAGGAACGAUAAAUAUGAUAAACUUGUGGGAUCUUGGUUGCUCACCUGUGGCGGUAUGGUUUUUGUAGCAGUUGCGCUAGGUGGCAUAACACGACUGACGGAAUCAGGUUUAUCUAUGGUUACCUGGAGAUUAUUAGGAGAAAAAAUGCCUCUUAAUGAAACUCAAUGGCUUUCAGAAUUUGAACGCUACAAACAAUUUCCUGAAUAUAAAAUAACCAAUUUGAAUAUGACAUUGGAAGAAUUCAAGCGUAUUUGGUGGAUGGAAUAUUUGCAUAGAAUGUGGGGACGUUUAAUUGGCGUUAUAUUUAUAGUACCAGCGACAUAUUUUUGGUUUAAGGGUAUGCUAAAACAUGGUAUGAAAACACGUAUUGCUGCUUUAGGUUCAUUAAUUGGCUUACAAGGACUUAUGGGAUGGUAUAUGGUUAAAUCUGGAUUAGAAGAUCGUUUUAUAGAACCUUCCGAUGUGCCGCGGGUAUCGCAGUAUCGUUUAGCUGCGCAUCUUGGAUUAGCGCUGCUUAUAUAUACUGGAUUUCUGUAUAAUGCUUUGGAUCAUUUGAUUCCUGCUGAAAAGCAAACUAGUAAUUUCUCCAAAAUUACAAAUAAUGCAUUAAUGACGAUAAAACGGUUUAAAAGAUUAAUUUACUCAACAAAGGGAUUGAUAUUUUUCACCGCUCUGUCGGGAGCACUUGUAGCUGGAAUGGAUGCUGGUCUUAUAUAUAAUACUUUUCCAAAAAUGGCAGAUAAAUGGAUUCCUGAUGAUAUAUUUGCCAUGUCUCCUAUAUUAAAAAAUUUUACGGAAAAUCCAGCUACGAUUCAAUUUGAUCACAGAAUUUUGGGUAUUGCUACUAUAGCAUUAAUAACUUGUUUGGGUAUUAUGUCCCGCAAACAUAAACUUUCUAGUCGAGGAAGAAAGGCAGUGGCUGCUGUACUUUGUGCUGGUUAUCUUCAAGUACUUUUAGGCAUUUCAACUUUAUUAACUCAUGUUCCUUUAAUAUUAGCUGCUUCUCAUCAGUCUGGUAGUCUUAUACUUUUAAGUACCAUAAUAUGGCUUUGUCAUGAAUUGAAAUACUUGAAGAAAAUUUAAUGAAUAAAUCUCA